AGAAUCCAUGGAAGCGAUAUCGACUCUAAUUUAUGCAGCAGCGAGAUUCUCAGACUUGCCGGAGUUGCGUGAUCUCCGGUCUCUGUUUACAGAAAGAUAUGGGAACUGCCUGGAGUCGUCUGUGAACGCCGAGUUUGCUGAGAAAACAAACAGGAAAUCUUUCUCGAGGGAAUGGAAGCUGAAGGUGAUGCAAGAAAUUGCUGAAGAACUCUCUGUAAGUUGGACAGGCGAAAGAAAUCAAGAAUCACGCAAUCUUCCUUCACCUAAAUCUGCAGGCCAGGCUCAAACUAAGCUCGAUGAACAGAAUGAAGAGUGGCUCGAUGAACAUCGAGUUGAAAUGGAGGCCAGGCUCGAGGCAUUUGAUUUACAAACAAUAGCACCGCCUGAAAGCAGCACAGAAUCUCGUGAGAAACCAAGGAGGAAUCAUGAUGUAGGAAGAAAAUUUGAGGUUUUAGAGAGCAUACAGGAGGAAGACAUUGAUCCAGCGAAGCCUCUGAAGGCAAAACCAGUCGGUAGGAAUGAGCUAGGAAAGAGUGGAAACAGACGAGUGCGUGAAAAAAGACGUCAAGGAAUGGGCGCAACUGAUGAGUUAGAAAACCAGCCGGUUGCACUAUUGAAGAUCAAUCCGCCAUAUGUUACGAAGCUAAAUUCGAUGAACAAUGCUCCAAAAAAGCUCGAUGGAGAUUCUGAUACCGAGAAGCCUAAGCCCUUUUCUGUCCGGAAAGUGCUCCGAAAGUCGCCUGUUAAUGACACCAAGGAUGAUAACGCCGUCGACAAAGGUCAGUAUAGGAGGAAGAAUGCAGAAGCUAUCCAGGAUGAGCGUGAUGACGAAGAGAAGAUCUUGGACGACCUCUUGUUGUACUACAGCAGGAAAGGGACAGAUAAAGGUACAACUCAGAGUAGGGCUCCUACUAAAUUGGAAGGUAGAAUCCAACUGCCGCCUCCUCCCACAAGGACCUCCUCCUGGUCGCCAUCAGAAUCGGUUAGCCCGGCCGAGACUAGAGAACCUGGUCGGGUCAGUUCACUCCGGUCUGAUCCGACGAGUCGUCUCAGUCGCAGUCUAGUGCAUCCUAGACUUCCAGAUUAUGAUCAGCUGGCAGCGAGGUUCGGUGCUCUGAAGAAUGGCUGAGGCA